CGAGCACAGUUACUCUGCCUACUAAGAGUCGCUGAAUACUCUCUGCUUGGGCGGACUGUGCUACCUUAUCUUUGUCUAGCUGUGUUGGAACAUAUCUUUCACACAUUCGUCUUUCCUGGACGCGAAGGAUUUUUGUCGAGGGAUGUCAAAGCGAGUACGAAGCAGAGAGGUCUGCGCUGAUUGCAGUGCUCCGGAGCCACGCUGGGCCUCUGUUAACAGGGGUGUGUUGAUCUGCGAUGAGUGCUGCAGCAUCCAUCGAGGUCUGGGGCGACACAGCUCUCAAGUCAGACAUCUGACUCAUUCUCCAUGGCCAUCCUCCCAGUUACAGAUGGUCCAGACACUGUAUGGCAAUGGAGCUAAUUCCAUAUGGGAGCAUAGCCUUCUGGACCCUUCCUCUUCAGUGAGUGGGAAGCGCAAAGCCAACCCCCAGGACAGAGUUCAUCCCAACAAGACAGAGUUCAUCAAGGCCAAAUAUCAGAUGCUGGCGUACGUCCAUCGGAUGCCUUGUCGUGAGGAUGACAGCGUAACAGCAAAAGACCUCAGCAAGCAACUCCAUUCAAGUGUCCGGACCGGCAACCUGGAGACCUGUCUCAGACUCUUAUCUUUGGGAGCACAGGCCAACUUCUUCCAUCCAGAGAAAGGAAACACCCCACUACACAUAGCAGCAAAAGCAGGACAAAUGUUACAGGCAGAACUGUUGGCAGUUUAUGGAGCUGAUCCCGGGGCUCUGGACUCCAGUGGAAAGACCCCCAUCGAUUAUGCAAGACAAGCUGGGCAUCAGGAGCUGGCAGAGAGGCUAGUGGAGAUACAGUAUGAACUCACUGACCGGUUAACAUUUUACCUUUGUGGUAGAAGACCGGAUCACAGAAAUGGGCAACACUUCAUCAUCCCACAGAUGGCAGACAGCAGCCUGGAUUUGUCUGAGUUUGCAAAAGCUGCAAAGAAGAAGCUCCAGUCGCUAAGUAACCACCAGUUUGAAGAACUUGCCAUGGAUGUUUAUGAUGAAGUAGACAGAAGAGAAACAGAUGCAGUGUGGUUGGCCACUCAGAACCACAGCACACUUGUAACAGACACUACAGUUGUGCCUUUUCUGCCUGUCAAUCCAGAGUACUCAUCUACCAGAAACCAGGGUCGUCAGAAAUUGGCAAGGUUUAGCGCUCAUGAAUUUGCCACUCUGGUCAUUGAUAUUCUAACUGAUGCGAAACGACGGCAGUGGGGUAAUUCCUGUGAAAGUCCCAAAGACAAUGUGGAGCUGAUCCUUCAGGGAAUAGACAGUUGCCAUAACAGUGAGAGCCAGGACAACGACCAGCCGGAUUAUGACAGCGUGGCAUCAGAUGAAGAUCCAGUGCAAGAGGCCACUUGUGGGGACAACUGCAAUGAUAGACGGACCAAGAGCUCGGAGUCAUCUGACCUGUCCGACGGACCAAUCACAGUGCAGGAGUUUAUGGAGGUGAAGAGUGCUCUCACUGCGUCAGAAGCCAAAAUACAACAGCUUCUUAAAGUCAACUGUCACCUUAGUGAAGAGUUGCGGUUGAUGCAAAGCAAGCUGAACUCCCUGCAGACUGAAAACACAACACUGCGAUGGCAGACCCCCAGCGGACAACAGCAGCUCCAGGGGCCCUUUGGUCGACACCCUCCCCGCGGGGGCCGCGCCAUGUCCAUGUAUGAGACGGGCUCUAGUCCAAGGCAGUACCCCCACCGAGUCGAAACAGCUCGGCAUGAGGAUGGAGUCAUCUUACAACCCUUCCCAACCAAUAUUGGGAGGGGUCCUUUGGGAACGGCUGCUUCCUCCCUCCCUACCUUCCCCUCUCCCCUGUCCUGGUCGUGGGAUGAGAGAUCUCGAAGGGGCUGUAGUCUGGAAGGACAGAGCAUCAUGCUGGAGAACGAUUACGACACUGCGCCCAACCACUCUGAACUGGAGGAGACUGGCAGCCCUGUUCCAGCCUCUGAUGCAGUGGAGCCAGGGGAGGAGGGGGAGGAAGAUGCCACGCUGCCAUGCACAGAGGAUGUCAUCUGUAAGACAGAGCAGAUCACUAAGAACAUACAGGAGCUUCUGAGAGCUGCCCAGGAGACCAAACAUGAAAGCUUCCUGCCUUGUUCAGAAAAGAUCUGCAAUGCUGUGACAGAGAUGGCCGCCCUGUUUCCCAAGAGGCCGUCCUCAGAGACCGUACGCGGGUCUCUGUGUCUGCUCACUUCGAGCGCCAGCCGGCUCCACGGAGAGUGCCAGAAGGCGGCAGAGCACAACCCCUGCCCGUCGGACAUCCAGCUGGUCACUCAGCAGGUCAUCCAGUGCGCCUAUGACAUUGCCAAAGCUGCCAAGCAACUUGUCACUGUGACAACCAAAGAAAACAACAACUAACUAAAACCCAAAGACAUUCCCGAAACACUAAAAAUACAGUUUAUCAAUGAUGUUGCUAAUUCCAUCAGUGUUAACACCAUUUCCCUCCCUCCAAUUUUAAUCAGUGUAAGCGUUCACACACAUUCCUUGCAGUGGGAAAAUCUUUAAAAAAAAAAAAAAGAUGCACCAUGCAAAAUUAUGGAUGACUAAAAACAUUUAUUUAUUUUGUUGUUUUUGUAUCAUGGUAGUAACGGAGUAGACAAACAUUGAAAGAUGCAGACAGAAUCUGUUACCAUUCCUUACCUCACAAAGAGAACAGUUUAAUCCACAGUUUCCAAAAGUGCAAUGUUGUGUGUAUGUAUAUAUAUAUAUAUAAAGCAAUUAGAACAACAAGCAGUUGAGCCUUCUAUAUUGUACUUUCCUCCAUAGAGGUUAUUAGUUGUGGUCCUUGAGGUCAGUUGUCAGGUGUGACUGAGCUGCCAGAGAGACCAAACGUCUGCAAUCACACCUGGCAGCAAGCACCAGAAUAGAUGAACCCUAAUCUACACCAGUGACAUCAGUAUAUUUUCCUUAAGUGUUUUUAAGAUGCAACAACAGUAUUUUAAUCUUGAAUCAUCGUGGUGCCACUUGCUUAGAGUUCAGAUGUUUGUUUAGCAAGCAAACUGUGAUUUAUUAACAAAAAUAGCUUCAGUGCAUGGAGCACCGCGUCAGGCCAGCAGUACCAAGAGUGUGCGAACGUUCAUUCCAUCCAGCAGCUCCAGCAGGUGAUUUCACUGUUCAGUCCCUCCGCUCUGGUUGAAGAUGUGUUUAUAAGUAAAGUAUCAGUAGUUUUUGGAGUUAUAAUGUUACAGCCAUACUUCUGUGUGUGUGUGUGUGUGUGUGUGCGCGCGCGUGUGUUGGUGUGUGUGUGGCAGAGAGAGAGAGAUGGCCUCGAUGGCCCGUGUGAAAUCCAUUUUGAAUCAAUUUUAAUAGCAUUAUGCAAAUAUAUAAGAUGUAUGUAUCCAUGUAAUUCUUUAUCAAAAUAAUCCAAAUGCUAUUCUAUUUAUAAACUGUAUGUCAUACCUCUAAGAAAAUAUCAAUGUUUAUUUUCAUAAGCUUUUGUUUAACAUGAUGCUCCUCACAGACUAACUUUUUGUUCUGAGGUUUGGGACGUCUCAGCUGGCAGUAAGUUGUAGGCAACUUGUGAUCUCUGUUUAUUUGGUGUGGUGCUGUAACUCCAGUGUGUUAGAUGCUGCCUGUGGUCAAAUACGUACAGCUACGGUUUACAAUCACUGAUUAAGUAAAUGUGCCCUCAAAGUUAAGAGUA